AUGUUAUCUUUACAUUCAGCUCUUGUUCUCAUUUUAGGUCUCGGUGCAUUUUUACCAAACUUAACCUUAUGUGAUCAUCCACCACAAAGUGCACACGUCUACUGGCGAUGGAAAGACGACGGAAAAACAGAUACAAGUGACCCAAGUAUCUUUACAGGUCAUGCAACAGUUACCUGGAGUAGAAAUGCGUUUUGUGAAUCAACAGGUGCAGAAGAUUAUUGGAAAGACAAACCAUCUUCCACAAAGAUAGAUGUGAAGGCAGAAACAAAGAACAAGAGUGGAGAUUAUAUGGAUCCUCAGAGUAUUUAUACUUGGCAUCAUGCUAAAGAUGCCCCACGUGGUAAUCCUGGUUGUAAUGCUCAGGCUAGAACUGAUUUUUGGAUUUAUAGUAGGGAUCGUACUCAGAAGAUGAAGAUCCGAUUACCUGAUAUCUGUACCGAUAACGAUUGUCCAGGUCCAGAUAAAGAGAGACCGAAUGUUCAAUGUUUAAAUGGUCCAAAAGGAAGAGUGGUGAUGUACCGUGACAAAUGGAUCGAUGAAUGUUUCAAACCUUAA